AUGGAUAAUGAUGUAACGAAUUAUACGGUGAUUGGCCGAAUUGGUGAGGGGGCUCACGGGUUAGUUUUCAAAGCAAAGCACAUACCGACUGGCCGUGAAGUGGCCCUCAAAAAAAUCUUGAUAAAAAACCUCGAGGAUGGAAUUCCAGUAAACGUGAUGAGAGAAAUAAAAGCACUGCAGUUGCUUAGAUGCAAAUAUAUUAUAAAACUCUACGACAUGUUCCCCCGAGGUAUGAGCUUGGUCCUAGUCCUGGAGUACAUGUGCUCAGGUCUCUGGGAUAUGCUGCAUCACUCACAGCAGGAACUCACUUUGCCCAGGGUCAAGACGUAUGCACAGAUGCUGUUAAAAGGCACGAGAUACAUGCACGCGCAUUAUGUGAUGCAUAGAGAUUUGAAACCAGCUAACCUGCUGAUUAACCAUGAAGGUAUACUGAAGAUUGCCGACUUGGGACUCGCACGUCUUUACUGGCCUGAUGGAGGCAGGCCUUAUUCGCACCAGGUCGCUACAAGAUGGUACCGAGCUCCCGAGCUACUGUAUGGUGCUAGAUUCUACUCAGAGAAAGUGGACCUGUGGGCUGUCGGUUGUAUUUUAGCAGAAUUGAUAACGAAGCAACCAUUAUUUGCUGGUGAAUCGGACAUCGAACAGCUAGCAAUAGUACUUCAACACCUUGGGACACCGACCGAAGAGACUUGGCCUGGACAUUCAGAGCUGCCAGACUUCCACAAGAUCACAUUUCCCGAGUCUUCUCCCACGCCCUGGCCAGAACUCCUGCCGGGAGUCGAGGUAGACGCUGUUGACCUUGUCAAAUCGUUUAUAAUGUACGAUGCGAACAAGAGGAUACCCGCUAAACAGGCAUUAAGACAUCAAUGGUUCCGCAACCGACCCCAGCCGGCUGCUUUACAAGAUAUGCCAAAACCAGUUAUGAACAAAUUGAAAUAA